AUGACGCUAGCCCAAGCGAGGAUGGGUGGUUUAUAUCAGAUUUCUACUUGUUUCACCACCUCUUGGCCCCGUCAUUCCCUCGAUGUAACCCCCAACCAGAUCUGGUUGACUUGCGAAAAUCCCGAAACCCUUGUCGCCAAGUACCAUGAAUACAGUCAUGGCGAUUCAAAAGGUGAACGUCGGGUUGUGCUCGAUAGCAAGAGGCUCCCAGAAAUAUCGGAGGCUGGGAAUCUACGGGUUGUGCCCAGAGAUCUCCUUCUCGAGCGAUACCUAACCACCCUCCAAGAGCAAGCUGCCGAAGCAGCCCGCCUCGAAGAGCAUCUUGUGCUGUUGCUAUUCGGCCAUGGAACCGAGGGAUAUGGUGUCGAGGUUGCGGGAUCGAUCCUUCAUAUGGGAGACUUACGUCGAGUGCUACAAAACAGGUCCCAAGUGACCGUCUUCACCACUUCUUGCUACUCCGGCGGCUGGCUAGUGCUCCCCGACAUAAAUCAACAGCAGCUCAACGCAACAGCAAUCAAAGCAGCAGGGCCGAAAACCCAAUCCUCAUCGUGGCCCCACAGCGGAAGUGUUGGACGGGCCAGCGGCAGUUUGGCCGCCUCUGCAGUACUACGCUGCCUGAUAGAUGCCGACGAUGAAAUCGAAGAGAGGAUUGAGCACCCGACAUACAUACAGCUUGCAAAGUCUGUAUACGACUGUGUGAAGGGGAUGGGAUUGCUUGGCCAUGAGCAGCAGAUUCAUUUCUCUGUAGAAAACGAUGAAUGGGAGACAAGCUAUCAGCCCCGCCUCGGGUUGCCGCUUAUGUCAUACAAGGAAAAAUGGCAGUCCCUACGCCAGGUUCCCCCAUCUACAUCCCAAUCUUCAUCCUCAUCUUCAUCCUCGUCUUCAUCCUCAUCUGCACCCCCAUCUGUACCCCCAUCUGUACCCCCAUCUGCGUCCGCGGCACGCAGCCAGGCUAGAACUCCUGGACGGCGACUGAAACGUCUACAGUAUCUCGCCCAAGAAUACUUUGCCUCUCAACCCGGUGCUGACAAUGCUGCUCCGAACGUCGGCUUGCACUACUGCCUGAACCAGGUUCUCAAGGGAGCCAGUUACCCCAAAGAAAAGGUGCAGGAAUUGACGGAAAUUACCGCGUACAGGCUGGGAGGUAUGUAUGAGGCCGACCACUUGAGAGAACAGAUAGGGCUCGAAUUUCCGUCAAUCUUCGACACCGACCCAAAUCAGGCACUUGGCAGGAUACACGACAAUGCUUUGAUCAUGAAAACUUGGUCAAUGCUGCGCUUGUACGACAUCAACACAACUCCGAUCGGGAUUCGCCGACCUUAUGCCAAGCCGCUCCAGUACCUUACACUUGCCCUGGUCCAGACCUGUCAGUCCUGGGAAGCCAUCGAGACGCAUGUGAAGGCAAUAGCCGGCGAGAAAAAGGCCUGGUAUUGGUUCAUCUUUAGGGCAUGGCAAGGGAACCGGAUCGCUCACGAUGAGGGUGUGAGGAGGAGUCAACAUGCUUUCCUGGAGGCAUUUAAGAAGAUCGGACAAUCGAACUCUUGUUUUAGCUUUUCUCACUCUCCUUCUUCCCUUUGUCCUUAUCGAGAAUAUUAG